CCCCGAAAUGAUUUCACUGAUCAAACGUAACAAUUCCGGCAAGGCCCUGGAGAUAGCUCGCGUUGCACGCGACAUGCUCGGGGCGAACGGCAUCGCCGACGAAUAUCACGUUAUCAGGCAUUGCAUGAAUCUCGAAGCGGUCAACACAUACGAAGGUACACAUGAUAUCCACGCACUUAUUCUAGGAAGAGCUAUCACAGGCAUUGCUGCAUUUUCAUAACUGAGAAAUUCGCAAAUAAAUCAAUCAAUAUAAUUGAUACAUAAAUUAAUUGAGG